AUGUUCCGACUCCCUGCCCUCGCACCCGCUGUCGCCCGUGCUGCGCUGCGGGCUGUUGCCGCGCCCGGCGCUGCGGGCGCCCGUACUGCUGCGCUCUCGACGGGCGUGCCCCCCGCGGCCGGGGUGGGCUACCCCGGCGCGGAGGAGGCGUCGUUCACCACCGAGUUUGAGUUUGUGGACCCGGAGACGGCGUUCCCCAUGUUCCAGCUCAUGGGCCCCGACGGCAAGUUUGCGGUGGCCGACGACCAGCGGCCGGCCAUUGCCGAGGACAAGGAGCUGCUGCUCAAGAUGUACAAGGUGAUGAACACGACGCAGAUCAUGGACACGUUCAUGGCCAAGAAGCAGCGCCAGGGUGCGGUCUCGUUCAUCAUGACCUCGUAUGGCGAGGAAGCGACCCACGUCGGCUCGGCCGCCGCCCUCACCGGCGACGACGUCGUCUACGCUCAGUACCGCGAGUCGGGCGUCCUUCUCUGGCGCGGUUUCUCGCUCGACGAGACUAUGGCGCAGUGCUUCUCCACCCAGGCUGACGGCGGCAAGGGCCGCCAGAUGCCGGUCCACUACGGCUCCAAGGCGCUCAACUUCCAGACCAUCUCCUCGCCGCUCGCCACCCAGAUUCCGCAGGCCGCCGGCGCCGCCUACGCGCUCAAGCGCUCCGGCAAGGACGCUGUGGCCAUGACGUACUUUGGCGACGGCGCCGCGUCUGAGGGCGACUUCCACGCCGCGCUCAACUUUGCCGCCACCCUCGAGUGCCCCGCCCUUUUCUUCUGCCGCAACAACGGGUACGCCAUCUCCACCCCGACCAAGGAGCAGUACCGCGGCGACGGUAUCGCGUCGCGCGGCCCGGGCUACGGCAUCCCCACCAUCCGGGUCGACGGCAACGACGUGUUUGCCGUCUACGAGGCUGUUGCCCGCGCCCGCACCCUUGCCAUUGAGGAGUCGCGCCCAGUCCUCAUCGAGGCCAUGUCGUUCCGCAUCGGCGACCACUCGUCGUCCGACGACUCGUCGCGCUACCGGCCCGACGGCGAGCGCGACAAGUGGGCCCAGGUUGCGCCCAUCCCGCGCCUCCGCUCGUACAUUGUCGAGCGCGGCUGGUGGUCCGACGACGAGGACAAGGAACUGCAGGACUCGCUCUUUGCAGACCUCAUGACCGCCAUGCGCAAGGCUCUCGCCGACAAGAAGCCCUCGCUCGACGAGGUCUUCACCGACGUCUACGACGAGCUCACUCCCGACCUCGUCGCGCAGGAGGCCGAGCUCCGCGUCCAUCUUGCCAAGCACGGCGACAAGUACGACCUCGGUGUCUUUGCUCCGUCGACCAAGGCGUAA